AAAUUUUCUUUCAUCUUCAUUUAUAUCUUCAUAACAAAUGAACUCAACAAUUGACUUUAUAUUGUUUUGCACUUUUUGUUAUGAAGAGUGCGAUUUUGAGAUUUCGUGAAUGUAUUUUGAUUCUUCUGAGUAUCCUCCCUUGGCUGAUCCCUUCGGUUUUAAAGAGAAUGAGAUACGGAAAAUUAGGCAUUUUCUCAGUAUCUUCCACACUGUGCCACAGGAUACAACCAACUGCCGUGACAUUGCACGUCCUCUACUGAAGCUUGGAUAUUUAUUGACUAUUCACCCAAUAACUGUGGAAACAUCUUCAACAUGUGAAAUGAUAGGUUUAUGUCCUCGACCAGACGUUCAAUUUCCUUUAUCGAGUGAUCAUUCAUCCUUUCUUGUAAAGUCCAUGGUCCUCGGCAUAAAUUCCCAAAAUACAAAGUCUUCUACGUGUCUUGAAAUGUUACCACACCAGAUUGGAUCGCAUUUAAAUUGCUAAAUAUACUAUACAACGUUGAAUACAUACUUGAUAUGUAUCUAUAGGAAAAUUUACAGCUGAUAACCUUGGAUAAUUUAACUACAUAUUCUUCUCUAUAAAUCAUUUCUCUUAUAAAAAAAAAGUUAUUUAACGAAAGAAAUCGUUAGUUUAAUUUAAAAUCAAUCAUCUAAACAUUAUUAUUUAGUAUCUACA